CCUCUUGCCGCUUUGGCAGCCCGGAUAUGGGUCUAUUGAUAAAAGGUCCCUCCUCUUGAUGCCUAUUGAUAAAGUUUGGUGUAUUCGAUCUCGAGCCAAGAGCCCACUAAGUCAGGUUUAUGCUUUGCUUUGCCCGAAAGUAUUCCCCAUGGUUGCAGAGGUUUUGUCAGGGAAACUUCGCCUCACCUCACCGCAUGGAAUCCAAGAAACUCGCCCAGCCGAGCGAGCCGAAUGCGCUCAACGGCUCUGGAAAAUAGAUCUACCACUUUGUCCUGGCCGGCGUCUUCUCGUGCAGCUCCCAUCGCCCCCACAGCGCACAUCUCCCGUACCCCGGUCGGUCUCGGAUCCAGCCGCCGCUCUCCAUUCCGUUCAUCACCGGCGUCCGAUCCGGCUGUCACUAGCUGCCGGCCUCCACUGAGUGCUGCUCAGCUCAGCUCAGCUGCUGUCCGUGGAGGACGGACGGCGGCCGACGGCCAUGGAGAAACUACAAUGGAUUCUCUCAGCCGGGACCAACUUCUUCGAAGAGACCCAGACGACCAACGAGCUGGACCGCCUCCGAGCCACCAUGCCCAAGGCUCGCAAGCUCAUCUGUCGCGUCGAGUGGGGCAUGUUCAAGGACAAGGAGCUGGCGAAGCUUCUCUCGCAUCUCAAGGACACCACCUACGAUGCAGAGGACUUUCUCCGCGAGCUAGAUGACCAGGCGCUGAGGCAAAGCAUACAGGACGCUGACCGGAGCAGGGCAGGUCAGCUCCUAUCUUCCUCUCUGAAUUUUGCCAAAAUUUGGAUCCUUCGUGGCAAAGCAAGGAUAAAGGAGAUCCAAGAUAAGCUCGACAAGGUUGUGGCUGAGAUCGAGGGGGUGCUCAAUCUUAUGGGUCUUAUGAGCUUUGAGCCAUCACAGAUCAUGCCGGAGACGAGUUCGGUCAUUAGCGCUCCGGAAGUUGUUGGUCGUGACGGUGAACGAGAUGUGUUGAUCGAGAUGCUUGGUGUGACGAUUGGGCGCGAAGCCCAACGGGAUCAGGUGAUCAAACUAUUGGGAGUGCAACUCACUGGGGGCAAUACCUCUGAAGGUGGUGGGUCUAAUCGCCGGAAGAGAGAAGCAGCAAGCAAUAACGGUGUCGCUUCCACAUCCAGAGCUAAGCAACCGAAAGGAAACAGCGGCAGGGCCGGACUUGCUGAGACUACUAACUGCACCAACAAUGUUUCUGUCAUUUCGAUUGUUGGUAUUGGCGGUGUGGGGAAGACUACCCUAGCUCAGUUCAUCUACAAUGAUCCAAGGGUGCAACGCCACUUUGGUGUGGUGAUGUGGGUCUGUGUCUCGGACUUGUUUGAUAAGAGAAGGAUAACAAAGGAGAUCAUUGAAGCCAUCCCUGGGAAGAAAUUCGACACAUCAUCGUGCAGUCUAAAUGCUCUGCAAGUCGAAUUGAAGGAGCGCCUGAAGAUGUGCCCAAAAUUCCUUUUGGUGUUGGAUGACAUUUGGCCGAAUGCCAAUGCAUAUUGGGAGGCAUUUUAUGCACCUCUGAGGUACGGACCUGAAGGCAGUAUGGUCUUAGUGACGACAAGAUGUCCAGUGGUUGCUACUCGUGUUACCACAAGCAACUGUGAGCCUGUCCAACUUGAAGGAUUGCCUACUGAUAUAUUUUGGGGUUUCUUCAGAAAGUGUGCAUUUGGUACAAAUAACCCAGAGUCAUAUCCUCACUUGGAAGAUAUUGGUAAGAGCAUUUGCACUAGGUUGUGCGGGUCUCCUUUGGCUGCAAAAACACUCGGGCGCUUGUUGAAUAUGAGCCUGACAGAGCAACACUGGAGUACUAUCCAGAAGAGUGAACUAUGGGAGCUGCGGCAUGAAGAGAAUGAGAUAUUACCGGCCCUUCAACUCAGCUAUUUGUAUCUGUCAGAAGAGGUUAAGAGAUGUUUCAUAUUUUGCUCCAUGUUUCCCAAGGAUUAUAGCUUUGGAAGAGAUGAGAUAGUUAACAUUUGGGUGGCCGAGGGCUUUGUUGUGCCAGGGGGGAGCAUGCGUCCUGAAGAUGCUGGGAUUAUUUACUUUGAUGAAUUGAGAAACAGAUUUCUUUUCCAAACCGAUCCAAAAUGCCCGAAUAAAACAAGGUACGUAAUGCACGAUCUGAUCCAUGAUAUGGCUGUGUCCUUUUCUAUGGAUGAAUGUUUGGUGAUGCAAGAUUUAAGAAACCAGAACAAGAAGAGCAGAAUGCAGAAUACAGUUCGGCACAUGUCGAUUGAGGUGGGUGGCGAGUCAUUGACCAGAAUGGGAGAUAUUCAACAUUUGAAUAAAUUGCAUUCACUUAGGUUUGGAAUCAGAUUUGAUGUUGAAAUUACCUGGUUCAAUCAGCUCUCUAACAUUCUAUUUUUGAGCUUGAAAGGCUGCCAGCUGGUAAAGCUACCCGAAAGCAUAUGUGAGCUGAAUAGUCUCCGUUAUCUUGAUAUAUCUCGUAGCAGUGUACAAGAAUUACCCGAGAAAUUCUGGUGCCUUUACAACCUACAAGUUCUUGAUGCCAGUCAUUCAAAGCUGCAAAGAAUUCAUCAGGGCGUAACAAAGCUAAUCAACUUGCGCCAUCUAGCACUGCCAGCAGAAUCCUUUCAGGCCUUGUCAUGGGUAAGAGGGCUUGGAAACCUGUCUUGUCUACGAAACUUGAGUGAGUACAUAGUUGCAGAAGAGAGUGGGCGAGGGAUUGAUGAGCUGAAGUUCAUGAAUCAACUCAAUGGAACGCUUUGCAUCAGAUGUCUUGCUAAUGUUUGGAGCGAGGAAGAGGCUGCUGAGGCUAGACUUGUUGGAAAGCAAUACCUCAAGGAACUUGUUCUGCAGUGGCGACAGGGAUCAUUAAGGUUGACACGCAGUGAUAAUGGAGUGCUCCAAGGCUUGCGUCCGCAUUCAAGAAUUGAAUGCCUUAAAGUCGAUGCCUUUUGUGGUGAUAGGCUUCCAAGCUGGUUUAAGCCAGAAGACCUUCCAACUUUGAGAAGCCUGGAGCUUUCCUACUGUGUUUCCUUGGAAAGUUUAGCAAUCCCCUGCUUUGCCGAUGGAACACAAACGGGUGGCAAUGGCAAUAAUGGGACGCAGCAUGCGAGCAGCAGCAUCAGUCGCAACAAUGGAAUUGUGUCCUUGGCCUUUACACGCCUCACUACUUUAGCUGUUUUCGGAUGCUGGGCGCUGACAAAUCUUGAGCACUUUUUGACCCCAGAGAUACUGCCAUCCAUCAAGUCGAUAACGCUUGAGGAGUGUGGGGAUCUUGUAUCAAUACCGGUUCAUACUUUUGUGGGGUUUGCUUGCCUACAGGACCUGAAAAUAUGUCAUUGUCGCAAGCUGGAGUGCCCACGGGAAAUGGUUCUGCCCCCCUCACUCCGACGACUCUGUAUAGUGAGUUGCAAUGAGCUGGACAGGUCAUUCCCAGCCUGCCUAGAGAACCUCACCUCUCUCACCCUCCUGCAGUUGUGUGGAUGUGGCUGGGUCAAGUGCAUCCUGUCGAACUCGAUCGUCACGCUCACAUGCCUGGUACUAUGUGGCUGCUGGGAGUUGGCAUCCAUCGGAGGAUUGCAGGGCCUUGCAUCCAUACAGCAUGUCGAGCUAUCUGACUGCCCUAAGCUUACUGAGGUGCAACAGCCCUUCGAGAAGAAGGAACUACAGACCAAGGAGGGGAAGGAACUACUCAAAUAUAUGCAUAGAUAUUACAGGGAUUUGGAUGCAGCAAACCCAAUAUGGUAGUUCCAGAUCACUUGUGACUAUAUAUAUGGCUUAUCGCAGCCGCAUAUAAUGUGCAUCCACGUCUGAGUUGCAGUGCAUGUGAGGGGGUGGUUAGAUGCAAUCCAACGGCUGACUCAAUUUUGAUCCAGAUGCCUCAGUGCCAACCAUGGUGAUGGUGUACUUUGGCCAACCUGCAGCUGACAUAUCUACCAGACCAUAUUUUAGAGAUAUUUAUUCUACCCUAAAGUAUCCAGCCCAAGCGAUGUAUUCUCACUGCUAUGUCAACGUUGGUCAUACGAUUUGUAUCACUGGGUUAUUCAGCUGCUUAUAUUUGCGACUUUACUUGUGUUCAACUUGAGUGGGAGUCAAGUGUACUAAUGCGCAAAUAUUGUUGCAAAUGAUUCAGUGAUGUUCUAAAAAUUUGUAAAACAUCACUUUGUUUA